GGUACGUCCGACGACGACGAUCAUGAAAGUUUUAAUGCUUCACUCAGUUAGUCUCUUCCAGUCGUAGUGUGGCGUAGUGAAAUUUAGAGUGUGUUUUAACGCAGUGAAGGAGGAUAUCUUUCGAAAUUUGAUGUGAAUUUUCGCUGUCAAAUAAGGAAAUCGUUAUUCAAGGAUGUCUGGUAGCAACAGCCCACAAGAAGGCGGUGGCCGAAUGCGAGCUCGUGGCUUCGUGGGAUCAUCCCGCGGAGGAGGCUCAUCUGGUUCAUCUCGCGGUGGCAAUCGUCACAGCAGUGGAGCCGGUUGGCCAGGUGCGGAUGAACAUGGACGAGGCCAAGUUGGUAAUUUUCAGCAUCGAGAACAACAGUAUCAGCAUGUUGCCGGGAGCAGCCGUUCGUCACGGCCCCAUUCCUCACCACGCCCGGAUAAAGCUGAUUCACAAGCAGUCGAUGAAGUUGCAGCACUAGAGCAGAAAGCCAGACCGGAGGAGCACGCUGCAGGAGAACGUGCUUUCAAACGUGGAUCUGGAGUUGCUGCUCGGGGUGGAAUGCGCGGAAAGCGUUUCCUCCCGGAAAUCGUACGUACUCGAUCGGACACGACCGUUUCGAAGCAAGGUACGUCAGGAAGACAAAUAAUGUUAAAGACAAACUAUUUCCGGGUUGUGCGCAACGAAGAUGAAAGAAUUUUCCAAUACAGAGUGGAUUUUACUCCCUCUGUGGAAAGUAGCAAGAAAAUGAGCUCGCUAAUGUACAAUUUGAAAUCACAAAUUGGUGGUUAUUUGUUUGAUGGCACACUCUUGUUCACAAGAAAUAAAUUGUGCAGCGAAGAGAUUGAGCUGACUACUAAAGAUACUACAACUGAAGAAGAGUACAGUGUUAGGCUCAGACGAACCGGUGUGAUUGAUGGAACAAACGAAACGGCGUUUGUGAUUUUCAAUCUAAUUAAUCGUAAGGCAAUGGCUGGUUUGAAACUACAACUGAUCGGUCGGUCGUUCUUUGAUCCGGAAGCUAAAGUAUCGGUCCGGCAGUAUGGCAUUGAGCUAUAUCCAGGUUACGUUACAAGCAUCCGCCAACAUGAGCAAGAGGUUUUGAUGUGUGCCGAACUGACCCAUAGAGUCAUGCGUACGGAUACGUGUUAUUCACUGUUUGAGCAGUGUAUGAAUCAAAGAGGGAACUUCAGAGAUAAUUACAAAAGGAUGAUUUUGGGUUCGGUUGUUAUGACCACUUAUGGAAAAAAUAAUACUUAUACUGUUUCGGAUGUGGACUUCAAUGUAACUCCUGAAAGCUCCUUUGAAACUAAAAAUGGUUCACUUACAUUCAUGCAGUACUUCAAAGAUCGCUAUAAUGUAACCAUUAGAGAUCCUCGUCAACCGAUGUUAGUUUCUCGACCUAAACCCAGAGAAAUACGGGCUGGAAUGCCUGAACUUAUAUAUUUGGUACCAGAGCUUUCUCGUAUCACUGGUAUUACGGACGAUAUGCGUAAGGAUUUCCAUUUAAUGCGUGCUCUAGCUGACCACACUCGUUUGAAUCCGGAUAAACGCAUUGAGAGACUGGAGUCGUUCAACCGACGAUUACAACAAUGUAAAGAAAGCAGUGAUAUUUUCAAAUUCUGGAAGACGGAGCUUGAUCGUCGUUUGGUUGAGGUACCUGCGAGAAUCCUACCUCCGGAAACUGUCUUUUUCCAUCCAGAGCAAGCCAACUAUCAAGUACUAGCUGGUGACAUGGCCGAAUGGCAGAUGGCUUUCCGCAACAAUCCAAUGUAUUUGACCGUUGCCCUCACAAACUGGUGUGUCAUAGUUCCUUCUGGUUCUGAGAGAUUGAUUGCCGAUUUUAUGGGAUGUCUGAAACAAGCUGCAAAUGGUAUGCACUUCCAAAUUGAGGAACCAAGACGAAUCAUUAUCCCUAAUGAUUCUCCCGUCGUUUACGUUGAGCAGUUGUCACAAAUCGUUCAAAGAGAUCCUCAGUUGAUCAUGUGUCUGGUAACUAACGAUAAGGUAGAUCGUUAUGCCGCGAUCAAAAAGAAAUGUUGUGUAGAACGAGCAGUACCAACACAGGUAAUGAAAACCCGUACAAUCACUCCGAAGGGUGGUAACGUUCGUACAUUGAUGUCAGUGGCCACCAAAGUCGCUAUUCAGAUGAACUGCAAACUGGGUGGAAUUCCGUGGGUUCUGAAGAGUCCCUUGUCAUCAGUUAUGGUUAUAGGAUUCGACAUCUGCAAAGACUCGAAGGAUAGAUCUAAAGCAUAUGGUGCCUUAGUUGCAUCCAUGUAUGGUGGAGGUAUUAAGCAUCCCAAGUAUUUCUCAACUGUGAGUCAACACGCUAACGGCGGCGAGUUGUCUAACUUUUUGGCUUUGAAUGUUAUCAAAGCUAUCCGAGCAUACGCUUCGAGCUUUAAUGGAGCAUUGCCACAGCGAGUCGUUAUCUACCGUGACGGUGUUGGUGAUGGUCAACUGAAUUAUGUUCAUGAACACGAAGUAAAUUCAGUGAAGGAGAAACUUGAUGCCGCCUACAAAGCAACGGAGCUUCCUUCCAGGUUGACAUUCUUCGUUGUAAACAAACGUAUCAAUACUCGUUUAUUCCAAGACAGAAGAAAUCCCUCUCCAGGAACUGUUGUCGACGAUGUCAUUACCCUGCCAGAAAGAAAUGACUUUUACUUGGUUUCUCAAAGCGUUCGUCAGGGUACCGUAUCGCCAACAUCCUACAAUAUUCUCCGAGAUGAAUCUGGAUUGAGUGCUGAUCGGUUGCAGCAGUAUACCUUCAAACAGACCCACUUGUACUACAAUUGGUCUGGAACCGUGGGCGUACCGGCUGUUUGUCAGUACGCUCACAAACUUUCGGCUCUUGCAGGACAGUUCCUGCAUCAGACGCCCAGCACUUGGCUGGAAAAGAAACUAUAUUAUCUGUAAGGUGUUUUAUGAUGUUCAAUUCAACAUUUGAAUUGGUUUUAUUAUUUCUGGACUUAAAAACAAAUAUAUAACUAUGUGCUAUCAUUCAAUUGGA